GCAGGGGAGGUGGCCUUUGCCGCGAUUCAGAGCCGGACGCGCAGUCUGAGCCACGCUGAGGGGCUGCGCCGCGCGCCUGCGUCCGCUCCCGGCCUUGCGCGGCCCCCUGCGCGGUGUCUUUCUAGUGACCAUUUCUCUAAAAGGGAUUGGAUGAGAAAUUUUGAUUAUGACAGAGAAAGUGAGAGAAGCUGACCAGGACCAUUUGCAGCUCCUUCCAGAUGGGACAGCCUCUGCCAUCACUGGUGAGCUGGAAUCUCUGGUGAUCUCUUUGAACCUAACCCACAAUAGCCGUCCGGGACCAGAUGCUCAGGAGACACCUGAGAGCAAUGCUUGGGGGGAAGGGGGUGUGAGUGGCUGCUAGUGUCAGUCCCUCUAAGGAGGGUUUUAUCUAAGACAGUCAGUACCCACCAAUACCAGGUGUCAUGCAUACCCACUCCGUCAUCCACAUAAUCAUCUCUCAACGUUACAGAAAUGUGAUAAAAGCUGGGUUUUUUUUGUUUGUUUGUUUUCCCUGCGGAGCCGUCCCCCUGUAUUCUGUUGCUGUGGUAAACAGCCAACUGGAUAAAAUUGAGAGGAGGAAAGGGUAUAUUUCCUGUGACGUUUGAAGUGUUGAUGAGAAGACCCUCUACUCGGAGGCAACAGGAGUCAGCCGGCAGCCCUGCCACCCCAAUCCCAGUGCUCCGCCAUGAUAAGGAAAGGCUUCCAGAUGGCAGCAAGACUUGGCCACCACAGAGCCCAUCCUGGUGCCCUCAACAGCCUUUCCAGGUUCAACUCUGCCUCUGUGUUCGGAUCCUCCAUGGACUCCGUGGUCUCAAGAACCUGUCAGGAGAAGACAGACUUGAAGAAUUAUGCCUCCCCCAAUGCCAGCUGGUGUCCAGACAUGCUGAGCCUCUACCAUGAUUUUCUGGAGAAGACCAAGGCCGAUGGCUGGGUCAAACUGUUAUCCUUCAAGUCCAACAGAGACCAUAUCCAGGGGUUCAAGAUGCCAUCAGGUCUCCAGGUUACCUCAGACAAAAGGGACUGGCGCCUCUUCACCAGGUGUAUCGAAACAGAAGGACAAGGCUACGAGUAUGUCAUCUUCUUCCAUCCAUCCCAGAAGAAGUCUGUCUGUCUUUUCCAACCAGGCCCCUACCUGGAAGGGCCCCCAGGGUUUGCCCAUGGAGGGUCCCUGGCAGCCAUGAUAGACGAGACCUUUUCAAAAACUGCUUACCUGGCUGGAGAGGGCCUGUUAACACUAAAUCUCAACAUCAGCUUCAAAAACUUGAUCCCCGUGGACUCUCUAGCUGUGCUGAAUGUUGACGUGGAAAAGAUUGAGAACCAGAAGAUUUACAUGUCCUGCAUCAUCCAGAGCCGAGACCAGCAGACACUUUACGCCAAAGCCUCAGGCAUUUUCCUCCAGAUGUCACUGGAAAAGGAUUCAUCUAAAUAAUAGCCCCUGUGCCUUCAGGAGAGCCUACUGCUGACUGCCUUGCCUACUGCUGACUGCCUUGCCUGGGACCCACCACCGAGCAGAGAGGAGUGACCAGAAAAUAACCAGUAAAGUGAGGGAGAGGGCACUUUCCUCUGCAUAAAUAAAGUCUCACAGCCCCCUUCUUAGCCCAAGA